AUGUCUUCCUCAUCAAGUGAUGAAGCGGAUGAAGUUUUUGAUGAAUUGGUCGAUGAAGUAGUUGAUAAUUUCAUCGAUACAGUAAUUGAUGGUCAAACCAACAAACCAAAGAGGCGAGCUUAUAUUGAAAGAGAUCGAGAACUAGGACACAUUCGACUAUGCAACGACUAUUUCAGUAAUAAUCCAACGUACACACAAGAUAUGUUUAGGCGGCGGUUUCGAAUGAACAAGCCAUUGUUCCUUCGCAUUGUCGACCGUCUAAGUACUGAAGUUCCGUACUUUCAGAAAAGAAGAGAUGCUACCGGAAGGAACGGGCUAUCUCCACUUCAAAAGUGUACGGCAGCGAUACGUAUGCUCGCAUAUGGUCAGUCAGGAGAUACAUAUGACGAAUAUCUCCGGAUGGCUGACAGUACAUCACGUUUAUGUUUGGCAAAAUUCACUGAUGCAAUAAUACAAUUGUUUGGGGAUGAGUAUCUACGAACACCUACAGCCGAGGAUCUUCAGCGAUUACUCGAUAUUGGAGAGGUAAGGGGAUUUUCGGGGAUGAUAGGCAGCAUCGACUGUAUGCACUGGGAGUGGAAAAGCUGCCCAACAGCUUGGAAAGGUCAGUUCACACGUGGUUCGGGAAAGCCGACAAUUGUCUUAGAAGCCGUGGCAUCACAAGAUCUUUGGAUUUGGCACGUUUUUUCCGGCUUACCAGGUACCCUAAACGAUAUCAAUAUUCUUGAUCGGUCUCCAGUUUUUGAUGACAUCUUACAUGGUCGAGCCCCUAAAGUGAAGUUCAAGGUCAACAACCACACUUAUCGUAUGGCCUACUAUCUUACUGACGGCAUUUAUCCUCCAUGGGCAACAAUUUUCCAAUCCAUCCCACUUCCUCAAGGUCGUAAAGCACAUAAAUUUGCAGAAAUGCAAGAAUCCGCCAGAAAAGAUGUCGAACGGGCUUUUGGAGUAUUGCAAUCGAGGUUUGCAAUUGUUAGGAACCCAGCUCUACAAUGGGACAAGGAAAGGAUAGGAAAAGUAAUGAUAGCUUGUGUCAUAUUGCACAAUAUGAUAGUAGAGGACGAACGAGACGGAUACGCUCCAAUUGAUAUAUCUGAGUUUGAGACAGGACAGUCUAGCAGAAGUUCGCAGGCGAGAAGCAGAGAUAGUGUUAAUGUCACCCCUGAUAUGUUAGCCAUGCGGAGAGAAGUUCGAGAUAGCGACAAGCAUCAUCCAUACGUUUUGCCUCCUAAACUAUGA